GCACCGAUGGCGGGGCCAUGGAGUCGAACAGGGACGAGGCGGAGCGGUGCAUCGGUAUUGCGCUGGCUGCCGCCAAGGCCAACCAGCCCGACAAGGCGGUGUUUUGGAAGGAUCAAAAGCAAAGACUGCAUAAUACCCCCAUAGUGCAAGUUCUGCUUGAAUCACUCAACAAGAACGAGCAAUCAGCCAAUGGCCAGUCCCAGUCCAAGGAGUCCACAAACCCUCAGUUCAAGAAAAUGGGCGGGAACUUCCCAUCAGCCAACGGGGAGGUUGGUGGGGAGGCCCCCAAGGGCUACACUCAGGACCAGGUGGAUGCAGUGAAGAGGGUAAAGCAAUGCAAAGAUUACUAUGAAAUUCUGGGAGUAAACAGAGAAGCUUCUGAUGAGGACCUCAAAAAGGCUUACCGGAAACUUGCACUGAAGUUUCACCCGGAUAAGAACCAUGCACCAGGGGCUACAGAGGCAUUUAAAGCCAUUGGUAAUGCAUACGCAGUAUUGAGCAACCCAGAGAAGAGGAAGCAAUAUGACCAGUUUGGAGACGAGAAGCUCAACCCAGCUCGACACGGACACAGUCACUCAGACUUCCACCGUGGGUUUGAGGCAGACAUCUCCCCCGAGGACCUCUUCAACAUGUUUUUUGGCGGUGGUUUUCCUUCUAGUAACGCUCAUGUGUACAGCAACGGCAGGAUGCGAUAUACCUACCAUCAGAGGCAGGACAGACGAGAACAUCAGGGUGACGGUGGCCUUGGGUUGUUUGUCCAGCUGAUGCCUAUCCUCAUCCUGAUCAUUGUGUCUGCUCUCAGCCAGAUGAUGGUCGCCAGCCCACCUUACAGUUUGAGCCAUAGGCCGUCUGUGGGUCACACACACAGGAGAGUGACAGAACACUUGAAGGUCAUCUACUACGUAUCUGAGAACUUUGCAGAUGAAUACACAGGCACGAACCUGAAAAAUGUUGAAAAGAGCGUGGAGGAGGACUACAUUGCAAACCUUCGAAAUAACUGCUGGAAAGAGAAGCAGCAGAAGGAAGGCUUGUUGUACCGGGCACGCUACUUCGGAGACUCGGAUCUGUACCGACGAGCACAGAGCAUGAGCACCCCCAGCUGUAGCAGACUGUCAGACGUUCAAGCCCUGCAUGGAUAGUCACCGCCUGCCUGCUCAGCAGAGGUCUAAGUAUGAGCUGGUGGUGCUUCUCCUGGCAGCAGAGCAGAGCACAAUAGUGCUUUUAAUACUUACUUACAUCUCUGUUUGAGACACAGAUCCUCAUGAGUCUCCUCUGGAUGCACAUACGUCACAGGGGGAAGCACCCCCUGCUGUCAAGCAUACACUUGUUAAUCGGGAAAUUGAUUUUGUUUAGUUUGCAUGUUGGCAUCCUCAGCUCUCUCCAAGCUCCCUGUUUUAUCUGGCACUGGUAGUGUUGGGUCUCUAGGAACAGAGCAAAAGGCCCAGGCUUGUUGGCGACACAGCUGAGGUCUUGUCAACUACACAUUCGAUAGAGCAGCCAUGCAUGCCUCGGCUAGUUGGGAGCUUUUUACCAGCCAUGGCAGGCAGCUGCCAUGUUUUAAUGAACCCUUUUUUGGUUGCUUUAUUGUCUGUUUUACUGAAAAAGCUGUUUUCCCCGGAUACUUGAAGCAAUAUGAUGACAGGGAAUGCACUCCUACCAAACAGAUGUUCUUGCCCCUGCUGUUGUCUUCCCAUGACACUCAAGGAGAACAAAGCAAAUGGCCAGAGUUCACGGCGGGUCGUAGAAGCAACUUACUGUGUUAAACUGGGAAUCAAAGUAAAAACAGCUGAGGGGGUGCCUGGAAGACUCAGGGGUUAGAGAGCCUGGAUUAAGGUGAGCCCAGGGGGCACAUGUGAGACCGGGUGUGCUGGGUGACAGGAGGACUGCACAAAAAUAAGGAAAAAAAUUGGCAUGCAUUUUGGAGUCCUUUUUCUGCUUAAUUAUCUGAGCUGAUCUCACCUACCAGAUAGUGUUGGGAUGGCUGUAGAACACCCAGGCCCCUCCUACCACAAAGUUAUUGGAAAACAGGGUUUCUAUAGAAAAUUAAUCAGAGAUGAAGCUUGCCCAAAUGUUAAUUUUACAGACACCACUUAGGCUUGUGAAGACUACUUCAGGAUGUCGGACACCUAGCUGCUUGAUUUAUAGAUAUAAGUAAGGAGGUUUAGCAGGGGAGGUUUUGUUCGGUUUUUAUUUUCCAUGGCAGAGGGAGUGCUCCUGAAAGUUUGGCCUUUCAAACAAAUCCCCUGGGUUGCGUUCGGCCUUUUUUUGGGUGUAUCCUGUUUAUGGAGCCAUUCUUAUCUUGAUAUACCCGCUCUCCUGUUUUGAUAACUGCGCCUCUUCUUUCAUGACAGACCAGCAUUAAUUAGCUGCUUUUCUUCAAUUGCCUCUCUGUACCUGUGGUCUGAAAAGAGAGCUGCUCUUAGGCAGAGGGCCCACUGCGGAUCGAAACAACUCUUGAAAUGCCUGAAGACUUUUGGUGAAGUGCACUGAAUCGAGGUGACAGACUUGCUAUUUCAAAGAAUCAAACCUUAUCUUACAAAUGGAAUUGGAGAAUUAGCAACGCACAACUGCCCUCUUUCUUCUCUCUGCCUGUCUCCACCAUUCGACCUACAUCUGAGGCAGCGAUUAGGACAGGAAAUCGAGCUGCCUGUGUUCCUCCUUCCCUUCUGACACCGCUAGCGUGCAACAGUCCCAUUGCUCCUGGGAUCCCACAAACCUGAGAACAGACACAUAGAGUGUAAAAACACAAACUAAAUGUAGAAGCCAUGAAGCAGAAGGAUGUCCUUUGUGACCAUGCUGGUCACUGCUGACGGAGAGGGGAAUUGGACGAUUUGGUGAUAAAACUCUAAAGAAAAGAAAACCAAUAUAUAAUCUAUUUAGAAUUAAUUUAUAGCUGUAUAUAUGUUGUACUUUUAAACUAUGCAGGGGUUGGAUGAUUAAAUUAUUUUGUUUUCUGCCCAGUUUGGUAAACAAGGAAGCGGGAAGUCUCUUCCCAGGGUGUCUCGUCCUGCAGCACUUUCCUGCCUGACACACUAACACAAGAAUCACUUUGCAGUUACUGUAAUUUGCUUUCUGGAGGACAGCAGCAUUCUGCUCCUUGGGAUGUCAAUACCUGCCUUUCAGGUUUUACUAAAAGGAAUUCCAGCUCUGUAGGGGGUAACAGAGAAAAGGGGGAAGCUCUCCAGAUUUGUGGUGUGGUUCUGCCGCGUUGGCAGAAGCUGCAGCAGGUCAGCUGAGCCCCAGCGUCGUGCUUGGUGGUGGGAAGGAUUGUCCUGGAUGGGUUUUGCUCAUCAGUCGUUGGGUUUAUUUGUGCACGUAACUUCUUUUUUUGCAGAGUCUGCUUUAAUUUUGCCUCGCAAUCAGCGUGCAGCGUUCGCGCUGUAAAGAGGGCUUUCCACGAGCUGCCUCCCUUUGUUACAGUUGUUUCCGGUCUGUCCUACACUUGGGGUUCCUCACCCACCAGCAUUCAUGUUUGCAGUUUGGCUGUGGCCUUGACACCCUAUCUGUCUCUGACGUUUCCUAGAUGGGACCUGUAAAAUACUGCUAAUUCAUAAGAAACAGAGCUUCCUAUUGCUUCUGUUGAAAGAAGUGUUGCUGGGGGAGAUUGGCGCGUGUGCCAGAGCUCUCCUUGCACCCCACCUGAGCUCUGCAGUGCAUCUCUCACUCCAUCACCACCGGGCAGGACUGGCAUAAGGGCAGCGGGAGGGCACUCAAGGUUAGGAGCCAUCUCUUCAAAGCAAAGCUGGCAUGAGCUGAGCUACCUUCCAUGGGAUAAACUGGAUUCUUUUCCUUGGCACUCUUCAGUUCAUUUUUGUCUAAAGACAUUUCCAGUGAGAACAGUCCCCCAACACACUUAGGGGAAUGAAUCAGAAGCAUGGCAGCUCCUGGGUGGGAUGGCAGGGGCUGGAAGCGGUGAGAGGUAAGGUGGUUUUGUUUCUUUGUCAUUAAGAACCCACAUGCUCUGUCUUCAGCCAUUUAUUUGUUCUGCAAAAUACUGGCUCGCCUGUUAGCUGCAAGCCUUACUAUCCCACAGGCACCGUUACUUGGGCCUGAUUUUAAAGGGUUGGGGUUUCUUGCUUGUUUUGUUGGUUUCCUUAAAUUAUUCUUCUACCUUUGGAUGGAAGUUGGAUGGCAUUUGGAAAUAGCUUCUACUAGAGGCUCUGGCUAACGGGCACAAAGAGAUCCUGGGGAGGGGGUUAAACAAGAAACAUGUUCAUGUAAGUUGCUGAAUGUCUUGCACAACAGCAUUCCUUGCCCAGAACCUGCCCACCAAACCUUUUGAUUAUAUUUUUCCAAGUAGAUACCCAUGGAUAAUAAUGAGCCAGAAGGCGUAGAUCCUAACGGAUGCUCAGAGCGGCUGUAUCUCGAUUUAGAAUUAAUUAUACAAUUGUACAUCUAUAAAUAAAUGUUUACAAUCUGAAA